AUGUCGUGGCUAGCUGCAGCAACAAAAGGCCAGGCCGUGGGCGCUGAGGAGCAGCACAGGCGUCAUGGGAAGGGCGGCGCAGCAACAGCAGCAGCAGCGGGAGCAGCAGCAGCAGCAGCAACAGCAGCAGCAGCAGCAGAGCUCACGACGGCUUCAGUUGUUGCUGAAGCAGCAUCAGAAGCUCCAGAUGAAGAGUCCAGGGCUCUGACAGCGACAGCAGCAGACAAUGCAGCAGCAGCAGCAGCGGACACCGCCUCAGCAGCAGCAGAAGCAGCAGCAGUGGAAACAGAAGCAGCAGCAGCAGCAGCAGCAAACCUCACCCCGUUUUCUCGUGCAUCAUGCGGCAGCAGCGGCAGCCUUAGCAGCAGCUCCGCCUGCCCCUCGGUGUUAUCUCCUGCUGCUGCUGUUGCUGCUGCUGGUUCGUUUUCCCCAGCGGCAGCAGCAGCAGCAGCAGCAGCUGCGGGCCGCGACGGAACCGCCUCGCCAGCAGCAGCAGCAGAGGAAGCAGCAGCAGCAGCAAAAGCAGCAGCAGCAGCAAGAACAGUCUGGAUGGCCCACAGCAGCAGCGCAGUUCGCCUUGAGCAGCUGCAGGAACUCAAAGAAGAAGUUUUGGUCAAUAGAAAGAAGCGGCUGCUGCGCCGGCAGCAGCAGCAGCAGCAGCAGCAGCAAGUGGCGGAAGCCAGCAUGCAGCAGCAGGCGAAGCAAAAGCAAACACUGCAGCAGAGAAGGACGCAGCAGCAGCAGCAGCAGCAGCAGCAGCGGAGUGCUGGGGGGCUGCAGCUCAGCUAUGCAGCGACACCUGGGAAGGCCGUGGACUACAGGGGGAGGCCGCUGCACGACGUGGAGCACGCGAGCUUCAAGAGUUCGCUGCUGUCCCACCACUCCAAAACCCUAAAUCUCCGAGGGUUUUUCAAUUUGUUUUUUAUUGUUCUCGUGGUGGUCAACGCCAGCCUCGUCGCCGAAAACAUCCUCACCUACGGCUGUUUGCUGCAGUUUCCGAGGAGUCUGGAGGACUUGAGCAAAAACUGGCCAGUGCUUUGUUGCUUCCUCCUCCUGCACCUGUGCAUUGUGGGGGCGUACGUGAUAGAGCGUUUUGUUGCUGCUGCUUCUCUGGAAGUCUUUGAUGGUUUUGUUGCUGCUCUCGUGCUGCUGAACUUGUCCAUUUGCUUCUUCAUGCCUUUCCUCACUGUCCUCAACUACCAGCCAGAACCAGUGGUGGGCUCUUUGCUGCUGGCGUUUUCCAUCGUUUGGUGCUUCAAACUUUUUUCAAUGCAUCACACCUGUCUAGACACCCGACGGGCCAUGCUGCGGGGUGAGGACUUCCUUGCGCUGUGCAGCGACCGCGAAGAAGAAGCUCGAGCUGCGGCGCGUUACCCCCACAGCAUUACUUUGGCCCACGUGUACAGAUUUAUUGUUUUGCCAACAAUGUGCUUCCAAGUAGGGAUUGUAAUCGACCAGUACAUCUGGGUUGUUGUUCGCGACUCCUUUUCGAUAACGGAGCUGCAGUCGAUUCCUUUAUCUGUUCUUGUCUCUCAUUUCUUUAGACAGAUGGUGCGCUUGUCGAUCCCGAACCUGUACGUUUGGCUGCUGAUGUUCAUCGGCCUCUUCCACCACUGGUGUAAUAUCUUGGCAGAAAUAACGCGGUUUGGCGACAGGGAGUUUUACCUCGACUGGUGGAACGCGUCGUCGUUUGGAGAGUAUUGGCGCAAGUGGAAUCUUCCGAUUCAUUUCUUCCUCCACCGCCACGUCAACAAACCCUUACUCAGAAACGGAGUCCCCAAGUUUUUUGCUGCUUGUGUCGUUUUUUUCAUUUCCGCUUUAAUGCACGAGUACCUCGUAGUGGUGCCGCUGCAGCUAGGCUGGACUGGCUUCAUUUUCUUCGCCUUCAUAGGACAAAUCCCCCUCAUGUAUUUCACCAACAUCCAAUUUUUCCAAGAUAACCCGACAGUUGGAAAUUGUUUCUUUUGGCUCGUAUUUUGCUUCACCGGACAACCCCUGGGCAUUUUGCUGUACUGGUACUUGUGGGGCGUCAAGCAAGGAGCUGUCACUGAGCUGGACCCCAGCAGAAUUGCUUUGUCUUAA